GUGAUGUCUGUAGAGGCCAGAAGUGUGGGAUCCCCCAAGCUAGUUCCAGUAAGCUGUGAACCCCGGUACGUGUUCUUAACCACUGAGCCAUCUCCCCAGCCCCUGCCUCCUGAAGAACGGUAUAAAGCUUCUCUCGGAUAGGCUGGCCAUACCUUUUUGGAGGUAAUAGUGUUACAGAACUUGAGGUUGUGAGGGAGCCCUGGUUCCUCUGGAUCACCUCGCUCCUCAAGGCUGCAUAGCUGGUGUGGAGGUGACAAAAACUGGAAGUGCCUCGGGUCUUUGGAAUAUCUUACGGGGGACAACUACUCCUGUAAAUAGGGAUGCGACUACGUAUUUCGGUUCUCAUUUUUUAAUUCACCAGGUUUGGGUCACUAUGUUUUGGCUUUUUCUUUUCGUUUAUGUUUGGGCAAGGAGGAAUCUCGUACCUGAACAAGCUAGAAAAGUCUACAGAGUGAGCAGCCAGGGGAAUCCAGUCCUUCUGGAAAGCUGCUCAAAACACUGGGUCACGCUCUUGGGUCAGCAAACCAAGUGUGUGAUUUGGAGUUUCGCUGAUAUCAGUUACUACGGAUGUAAUUUUCACAGGCGGCUUGAGAUACCCUUGUAGAUACAAAAGUAGAAAUGAAGGUGGCUUGGGAGCUCGGUUAGGUCAAUGGAGGUUUCCGGGAGCCGCCCUUUGGGGCCCGAAGCGCUUCCCCCCCAGUCUGCAGAGGGCGCUGUGGGCGCCUCCACCACACGGCCCCGAAGCCUCCCCGGGGAGGAGCCUCUCCUGUAGCCGCCGCCGCCUCCGCGAUCGCAAACCCGGAAGAAGCCUCUGUUUGCUGGACUGUACCGGCCGGCUUGGCAUUGCCAUGCAGCUCGAGGAGGUAGGUCUGGUUCCCGCUCCAGCGAGGGAGCCGAGACUAACCCGCUGGCUGCGGAGAGGCAGUGGGAUCUUGGCGCACCUGAUAGCUUUGGGCUUCACCAUCUUUCUGACUGUGCUGUCCCGGCCAGGAACCAGUCUUUUCUCCUGGCACCCUGUGUUCAUGGCCUUGGCGUUCUGUCUCUGCAUGGCUGAAGCUAUCCUACUCCUCUCACCUGAGCACUCCCUGUUCUUCUUCUGCUCUCGAAAGACCCGGAUUCGACUGCACUGGGCAGGGCAGACCAUAGCCAUCCUCUGCGCUAUCCUGGGUUUGGGCUUUAUCAUCUCCAGCAAGAUCCGCAGCGAGCUGUCCCAUAUGGCGUCCUGGCACAGCUGGAUAGGAGUUCUGACACUCAUGGCCACUGCGGGACAGGCACUGUGUGGGCUCGGCCUCCUCUGUCCGCGGGCAGCCCGGGUCUCAAGGGUGGCUCGUCUCAAGCUCUACCAUCUGACAUGCGGCCUGGUCGUCUACCUGAUGGCUACAGUAACAGUGCUCUUGGGCAUGUACUCAGUGUGGUUCCAGGCCCAGAUUAAAGGUGCAGCCUGGUACCUGUGCCUGGCACUACCGGUGUACCCGGCCCUGGUGAUCAUGCACCAGAUCUCCAGCUCCUACUUGCCAAGGAAGAAAGUGGAAAUGUGAAUGUCUCCAAACUCUGAGCCUAGGCGGGAUUCUUGGACUUCAGCAGUUCCUUGGCACACCUCAGAGGCAGACGAUGUUUUUGCACUGCGUGGUUGAACCACGGGGUACAGAAACCCUAGCUGUUACUGCUGAGGGAUGAUCUGGUGGGCUUCAAUGGGGGAAAUGUACUACUGGGUGCAAGUGGAAGGUUCUGGAGAACCUGAAGCCUCACCUUGAUGGGAUACAAAAGUAUUAGGUGGUGGUGCUGAUGGUGACGGUGGUGACUUUUUGUUUGUGGAGUUCCUGUUGGUUAUGAAUGACAGCCACAGGCAGAUAUCGGGGUCCCUUUGGAAAGGCAGUACUGUGGUAGCCUGUGGUCUCUUUGGCUGUGCUGUACAGUCGCCCUUAGACAAGCUCCGUAUCUCAGGACCUCAGUUUCCGCACCCUUUAACAUUUGGUGUCUGGCAGAUUGAUGUUACUGAAUACCUCCUUAGCUCUGGACCAUGUGAACAGCUCAGGAUGUAAUUCUCUCCUCCAUGCUUCCUUCACUCCCCUGGAAGGACAACUCUAUACCUGCAUCCUUCAGAAAUCUGUGCUGGCUCCACUCCUGAACCAAGGAACAGGGGCCAUGAAUCAUGGAAAGAAGGGACUGAGGUGAGGGUCCCCUAGACAAUAAGAUAGUAAAGGCACUAAAGUCACUUUAAAGUUCUUUGGAGGAACAGAAGGGCAUUGUCCUUAACCAAGCCCUGGACUACUGGCCUCCUUAGCUCAGCUAAGAACUUCCUUCAGGCUACCUCUGGGUCUAGAUUGUAGAGUCUGGGAAUUCUCUCGACAUUCAUUCUCAGGGCAUCUGACACUGCCCGUAGGACUUAGAGUAUAUACUUAGCACAUUGCUCCAGGGAACUAUUCUUAGGCUUUCGGAACAAAAUAAAAACCAGGGAGUGGGACCCCCUUGAUUCAAGGAACUCAGUGUCUCUCUGGUUGUCCUUCCCUUCUUGGUUUUUUUUUUUUUUUUUCCGAGACAGGGUUUCUCCGUAGCUUUUGAUUCCUGUCCUGGACCUAGCUCUUGUAGACCAGGCUGGCCUCGAACUCACAGAGAUCCGCCUACCUCUGCCUCCUGAGUGCUGGGAUUAAAGGCGUGUGCCACCACCGCCCGGCUUUGUCCUUCCCUUCUUGUCAUUUAAGUUUUCCUUAGCUGUUCCCUGCCAGCCCCUUGGCUUAAGAGUGGGAUGAUUUUGGUACCAACUGGGCUCUCUUCCCUGCCAAGAUACCUCCUUGGUCCAGCUGAGUUCCUCAGAGCAUCCUUAGCGGUGAGGACUGGAUGUCAAACCACUUAGCUGUGGUGUGGGUCAGUCCAGGAGACAAACCCUUUAUAGAUCCUAAUAAGGAGUAGAGAUUGCUGAGCCAGGAAAUGUACACGCCCAGCUUUCUCCCUGGAAGGCAGAGCCCAUCAGAAACUAUGGGAGGCCUGGAGUAUAGGGGCUUGAGCACAGACAAAGGAGAAGUAUCUGUUCUAUGUCUCGGAUCCUCUGAAGAUUUAAGGCCUCCUCUCCAGGUAGCUCAGAAAUUAGGCGGGUGGGAUUCAAUAGUAUGGGGACGGGGACCCUAGGGCUGAAGUGGCUUCUUAGUGGCCCUCACUGUGCUUUUCCUCAGGGAGAUAGCAUCUCUCAUAAGUUGUCUAAAUACAGCUUACUGAAACAGAGGCUCCUGCAGCACAGAGGGAAACCAUUCUUGUCUUUUUCAACACCCGCUCUCCCUCUCAAGCUGUCCAGUGUGCUGUGAGCUUGGGAAGGAAUGGUUACUGGGCCCUGAAAGAGGGUCUCACUAGGGUCACUUUGAUGUAGGGCUCCCCAGGGUGGGCCAGGUAAGGUUCAGCAGCUCGUUCUCAGAGAGAGAGGCGAUGCCGGAAAGCCUGAGCCUGCCUGAGGUGUUGCCUCUUCCCAGGUGGUGCGGGGGCUGGUGGGCGGGCGGGCGGGCAGGCGUGCUGACAGCCGGCAGUUUGCGUGGGCUGUGCCAUCUGAUGUCUAUUCCCAGCCCCGGGAGGAAGGGGAGUCAUUUAUAUUCUGCAGGAAGAAGGGACCCAGCUGUCGCUUCCUCUGACCAGUGGGCCUGGAGGGCAUCGGUGCAGAGCAGAGAGGAGGGCACAGGUAGCAGUGGCCUCCUGCUUAGGGAUCUGACCGCAGUAUAGGGAGGUCACCAGGAUGAGCCCUUCUUGCUGGUAGGCCAGAUUUGGGUGGGGGGCGGGAAUUACCUCCCCUCCUGUCUUUCCACUUCUCCAUCACCACCUGCCCUCACAUCCUGGGGCAGCAGCUGGAUAACCAUUAGACCUCAGUGCCAGGGUACUCCUCCUCCAGCUGGGAUCUGUGGCUGCCGGCUGCAUAUGCCUGCUGGCUGUGUGCUCCCUCUUCCCACUGUCUGCCCCUUCCUCUUUGUAUCUUCCAGUGUCUGGAUACUACCUGGGCUUCUUGGCAGACAGGCAGAGACCAUGGGGGGGGGGGGGGGACACGUGACUGUCCUUUUCCAGUGUUCCUUGACUAGGGGAAGCUGCUAGCAGUCGGCCUGUUUUGCUUUUGAAAGUGGGGUGGGGGAUGAUACUCAGGAUGCUCAAGAUUUAAAAGUCUCCCAUCAUUUGUACAAAUUUCCAUAUCGUGCUAAGUCCUGAUUCCAUAUUUGAUUGUGUUCCAAGCUUGAUUAUACUCAGAUUCAACCUUGAGGGCAUUAGAAAGAUAGUUUUGUAUUAAAUCCAAAUGGUAACAGGCAUACUGUUCAGGUUUGGAGCCUUCUCAGAAGCCCCUUUGUUCCUGUAUCCUCCCUUGGAGUCCCAUUGGGGCUGGGGGUGGCCGUGAAUGAAUGACAGGGGUUCAGCCUCAGAACUGCUUCCUUCUCUGACUGGCAUCCCCAUGCAAGCCAGGCUGCUAUCACUGGCCAGCCUGUGCUUGCUCUCCCCCUCCCAAGGCAGGCCACCUUUCCUCCGUGACAUUGGCCUGCCCUGUCUCAUUGUCCCCACCUUUCCACCCCCAUGCAAGGCUGCCGUGGGUCUUGUUUUUCAAACCUCACUGUGGGAGAUCCAGGCAUUCCCCCCUGAGCCAGCUGGCUGCUGUGCCAAGGCCUGUUCAGAGUUAAUAAUAAUCAUUAGUUGAAUGGUGCUGGGGCCUUUCAGCUCCAGAUCUCUAAGCACUUGCAGGCUGAGUCAGCCAGCCUUCACCUUCCCCCCCUCUCCCUGGGUUUUGGAGUGUAACAGCAUGGGAAGGCGCUGUGGGAGAGGGAAUCGGGAUUCUUGCUGCCUGACCAUGCCUGAGGAUUUUCUCUGAGAGUAAGCAGUGAGCCAGGGCACACAGAGAAGGCAGAAUGCUCAUCUGAGACCACCAUGGCUGUGGAAGCUGAUGACCCCAGACCUCUAGAACUUUGGUGUACUUACCUUGACCUCUGUGGGACACUCCACCUGAAUGCCCUUAAGCAAGUUCAGAGCACAAGGAAGUCUCUGGGUUAGUACCCACCCCCAAGACCCUUGUCUGUGACUGGCACAGAGAACCUGUGUGUCGUGAACGGAAAAGUGUGCCAGCUGGAUACUGGCAAGGUUGCUGUAUGAGUGUCUCAGCUCCUGACACUGGGUGGCAUGGGCAGACUGCUUCUCAUCCUACCUCCCAGGGAUGUUGUGAGGGCUAGACGAGGGAACACGGUUCAAAGCAUUAAACAAAUGGAAAGCAGAUGGGUUGUUCUGUCCUUUUCUCUUCCUGAGCCUGACUUUAUGCCUCCUAAGGAGGCAAUAAACUGUGGGAGAUGAUGCUCAGGGGGACCCAAAC